CGCGGUGGUAUCCAUUCUUAUUCAAACUUUUUUCUCAUAAGAAUCUUCUCGGCGAAGAUCUCGCUGAAAUUUUGAUUUUCCAUUCCCAUUCAUCAUCAUCAAUCUCUAGUUCUUGAAGGUAUUAACAAUGGCGAACAAUCCAGAAGAAUCAAGCCCUCUAUUAGCAGGAACCGACGAUGCUAACAAGAAGGAUUCAGAACCGAUUGCAAAAUCCCAAUCCCCAUCCCUGCCAGCCAAACAACCACCCGUUCCUACCGUAGCCCAGCCUCAGGUGGCCGAGACUUACGGAUGGGCCGCCGAUGGAUUACCUUUGAGUGUUAUGGGCCAGCCAAUCAUGGGUCGGACUCCGUGGAAUUCUGGGCUUUGUUCUUGCUUUGGUCGUAGCGAUGAAUUCUGCAGCAGCGAUCUUGAAGUUUGUCUUCUUGGAAGUGUGGCUCCGUGUGUUCUUUAUGGAAGCAAUGUUGAAAGACUUGGGUCAACAACUGGAAGUUUUUACAAUCAUUGCUUGUCUUAUGCUGCUCUUUACUUGAUCGGGAAUUCUUUCUUCGGUUGGAACUGUGUGGCUCCUUGGUUUUCCUAUACAAGCCGUACUGCUAUUCGUCGUAUGUUCAACCUUGAGGGAAGCUGCGAGGCUCUAACACGGCACUGUGGUUGUUGUGGGAGCUUAGUGGAGGAUGAAAUGCAACGUGAGCAAUGCGAGACAGCAUGUGAUUUUGCCACCCAUGUCUUGUGUCAUCCAUGCUCACUUUGCCAGGAAGGUCGGGAGAUUCGUCGUAGGCUUCCACAUCCUGCUUUUAAUGCCCAGCCGGUGGUGGUUAUGAUUCCUCCAGGAGGACAGGCCAUGGGUCGUGAUCAGCCAUGAAAUCUUUCUUCUCGUAGUGCUCUGAGCAUUCUUGGCGGUUUGUCUAUAAUUGAUGUCUCUGUUAUGUUGAACAAUUGCUAUGUCUAUAAGCGAUCAAACGAUGUUUGAUAGAAUUGCUGUCUGUAGUAUUACCGUAAUGAUUUGAGUAACAUACUUUCUAUUGUAUUUACCAAUAAACCAGUUCUGAUAAGUGUUACUAUACUGUGGUUGAUGGA